AUGUCCCCGUUCUUCCCAUACCGCAACAUGGCAGGCCAAGCUCGAAAUCCACCUUCCCCAGGCGCCCAAACGCAACACAGGAUAGACAGCGGAGUUAGCAUGCCGCCGCCAAAAUAUGAGCGAUACCAGUACUAUUCGCAGAACUCACUAAAGGAACGAAAACGCAUUCUAGCCAAGUGCGAGCGAGAACUCGCCCAAAAGCUCGACUUUCGUCAGCACCGAAUCUUUAUCAAGUACGCACCCGUUCCAUGUGGGAGAUCACUGCCUUGGGCGCCGGCGACGCCGGAGGGGAAGAAGAAUAAGAGGAAGAAGAUGGGUGCGUUUGAGGGCGAUGUGCAAGAGAAGAUUAGCCAUUUUGAUAGAUUGUCGCUGGCGAGGAGGGGGAGCGAGGGGGAGGAGGAGGCUGGGUGGAGUUUCUGCGCGGAGAGCGUGACGACGUUUAAUUCAGUGGGAGAUGGGGAGGAUAUGGGUAUGAGGGUGGUGUCGCCUGGCGUGUCGGUGGCGACGUUUAACACGGCGGAAGAUGGGGAGUAUGGACAGCGCCGCAUGGUUACGCCUGGCAGGUCUGUCGCGACACUGGAUAUAGCCACAGACGGCGCGUAUGGACGUGGAUCGAGCAGAGCUGUUGUGCGAGACGGCGAGGAACGGCCUGCCAUCAUCGUUCCGCAUGACGAGGCGAAAAGAGAAGAAAAGUCGUUGCUGCUGAAUGGCUUGUUCCGUUGGCCGGGGGAGAGUCGUCUGCCGGCGGCGACGGUGCCGGUGCCGGUGCCGGUGCCGAAUAGACUCAAUGUCAAGCCGCUUUGGGGCAGGAAGGAGGUGCUUGAGUUUGAGAUGCAAGAGAAGAGAAAGAUGGAGUGGUAUAUGCCCGCUGUGGAGAAGGUGGCGGGUAAAACUCCUGCUGGGGUGAAGAUUGCGAGGAGUACUCCCGCUGUGAAGACGGCGAGGGAGACUCUUGCUGCGGAGAAACGUCUACCAACUCUCUCGCAUCACAAGAGAAGAUCUGGAAGCUCAAAGGCGCCGUCGACGGAUGUGGUGGCUGGACACGUGCAUCCGACAUAG